AUAAUUAAGGAUGGCUUCUCUUCAAUCUUCCUUCACGGUUCUGGCCACCAAGCCCACUCCCAACCCCCGCCUUUCCCAGCUCAGGGCAAGGCGGAGCAUGGUGUCAUGCAGCACCAGCAACGGCGGCCGUGUAGACCGCCGAAACAUGCUGCUUGGCUUAGGUGGUCUGUACGGUGCUAGCAGCCUCGUCCCUGGCCGUACAGCCAGGGCCGAUCCGCUUUUACCUCCCGACCUGAGCACGUGCGACCCGGAAGGUGCCUAUAUUCCCGAGCGGUUGAAUCCUGACGGUACGGUUAAUACGCCUGCGAUUCAACUCGACGUCAACUGCUGCCCGCCCUACACCGACACUAUCACUGACUACGAGCUCCCGCUUUUUUCCCAACCUCGGACUAGGCCGGCCGCGCACAGGAUGACGCCAGAAUACUUAGAAAAGUACGAGGAAGCUAUCAGGCGGAUGAAGCAACUGGACGAGGAUGAUCCCAACGAUCCCCGCGGGUUCACCCAGCAAGCCAACAUCCACUGCGCUUACUGCAACGGCCCCUACGAUCAAGUGGGCCACCCAGGCGUCGAUAUCCAGGUUCACAACUCCUGGAUAUUCUUCCCUUUCCACAGGUGGUACCUGUAUUUCUUUGAGAGGAUCUGCGGUGAACUCAUCGGAGAUCCCACCUUCGCCUUGCCGUACUGGAACUGGGACCACCCCGAUGGCAUGCACUUGCCCGCCCCCUUUUCCGUGGGCUACUCACCACUGUACGACUGCAACCGCGACCAGAGGCAUUUUGGAAACGCGAUCGUGAGCCUGCUCCCUGGUAGACCUGGGGCGAUUGAGACGAAUCUCAACCAAAUGAAGGAGGAAAUGAUUAAUCAAUCUGUAUCCGCCAUCACAUUCAUGGGCAAAAACUACAGGGCCGGAGAUCCGCCACCAGGACCUGCCAGACGCGGGACAUCCGAGCGCGGGUCCCACGGUGGCGUCCACGUGUGGACCGGAAACCCUAAAAACCCCUUCAACGAAAACUUGGGGAACUUCUACUCUGCAGGAAGGGACCCCAUCUUCUACUGCCAUCACGCUAACGUCGACAGAAUGUGGACCAUCUGGGAAAGCCUCCCGGCCGAUUACAUAAAGGCCAUCAAUGAUCCCGAUUACUUGGACGCGGCCUUCUUGUUCUACGACGAGAAGAAGAACCUUGUGCGCGUCAAGGUUCGCGACUGCGUGGACUACAAAGCACUUGGAUACGUGUACGAAUACAGCGACAUUAAGCCAUGGCUGAACUACACACCACCCCGGAGAGAAGUCCCAGCCAACGUCCAAGAACUCACAAAAACGGCGCAGGCUGCAACGCAAGCCUUCCCGUCCACUGUCGCCGAGACAAUCACAGUAGUGGUGCCCAAACCGGCGAAAGGAAGGGCCGACGAAGUGCUCGUCCUCGAGAGCAUUGUCACAGACAGCACCGAGCUCAUCGCGUUCGAUAUCUUCGUCAACGACGACAAAAACAGCACGGAUGAGGCCGUUAGUCCUGAGUUCGCGGGGAGCUUCUCGCAGGUCCCACACAGGUCGAGGACCGCCGAGACCCCCAGCGAUCUCACCAUCGUCUUGAAGGAGCUCUACAAGAACAUUAAUAUUGCAGAUGAAGAUGAUUUCGUUGUCGUCACCAUCAUUCCCCGCAUCAAUGGCGAAGCUGUCACCAUUGGUGGGAUCAAGAUCGUCCCCCUCGCUGCCGCAACUUAAUCCAUUCGCCGAAUCCUCGCUUUCAAGUUGAAUGUUUCCAAUAACAGCGCAUUUUCCGCGCUGCCUUUCGUUGUGUUUUCCAUGUACCUGUGCUGAAACGAACUAUCAUUUCCUUUGAUUAAUACAAGUCUUUCUAUUAUGUGUUA